GUGUGUUGGAGGGUGCGGUUUCUUGAGUCCAGCUGUAACCGGUUACCGGAGACUCCGUCGCAUACACGGCAGCGCUGUAUGGUCAAACACCACAACACUUAUUCUCCGGAGCGGCUUUAUGAUUAAGCUACAAUCUUCAAUGAGUAAGCAUAUUCCACAGUUCUGUGGUGUUUUGGGUCACACAUUUAUGGAGUUUCUGAAGGACAGUGGCGACUACUGCCAGGCUCAGCACGGCGUUUAUGCAGAGAAGUGAACGGCCGGCCUCGCUACCUCAUCAGAACAGAGACUUGUGUUACAGUUUUAACGUUGGCGGGAUCGGGCUUGGAGAGUGGGCGUCCACAGCGGUCGGCGGUUCUGGAUGGGGUAAAAAAAAUCUCUUGAAGUUCACUGCCCUCGUCGGCCCUACGUCUUCACUCUCACCAGAGGACCAGCCUUGUUUUCUAGGCUUUUUCCUUUUUUUUUGCUAUUAAUCCCGCCCACCUCUGGGUCACACCUCUUUUCUCCUAAUCGUAUCCGCCAGCAUUUCUUUUGUUAUUAGAGAAAGUUUUUCAAGCUGUUUUGAAAACUCAAAAAUGGCACGUAUGAAUAGACCUGCCCCAGUGGAGAUCACUUACAAAAACAUGAGAUUCCUCAUUACCCACAACCCCACUAAUGCCACGCUUCACAAAUUCAUUGAGGAACUGAAGAAAUAUGGGGUGACGACAGUAGUUCGAGUGUGUGAGGCCACAUAUGAUGCAAACCUGGUUGUUAAAGAAGGUAUUCAGGUUCUGGAUUGGCCCUUUGAUGAUGGAGCUCCUCCCUCUAACCAGAUCGUUGAUGAUUGGCUGAAUCUUCUUCGGAUGAAGUUUAGGGAGGAGCCAGGCUGCUGUAUUGCCGUACAUUGUGUUGCAGGCCUUGGAAGAGCCCCAGUGCUGGUUGCUCUGGCCCUGAUUGAGUGUGGCAUGAAAUAUGAGGAUGCUGUUCAGUUCAUUCGACAAAAGCGCCGUGGAGCAUUCAACAGCAAGCAGCUCUUCUAUCUGGAAAAAUAUCGUCCUAAAAUGCGUCUUCGGUUCAAGGAUUCCAACGGCCACCGCAACAACUGUUGCAUUCAGUAAAAGCUUGCAUAUCAGCCUUUCUCAAAUGUGUAAUGGGAAUUUGUAUCUAGCAUAGGUAGUUUGUUCUCUUGUUCUAACUGUGAAAAUGCCGUUACAAAUAUUACGCUUAUUUCGUUACAAGUGUCCCCCGCCCUUCUCUUUGUUUUUAUGUAUUUCCUGUGGCGAAGCAAGGUAAAGUGCUUGUUUGAACAUGAGCUUAAGUGUUUUGCGAUGAAGUUUAUGUUGGUGAAACAUGGUCAAAUCCCAACUCUGCCAAACACGUAGUAUGCUUUAUAGCCUAAAUGGGUUUGAUUAAAAAAGAAUUUCAUGCAUUUUUUGUUGUUGUUGAUGAUUUCAGUCUAUCUGUAAUAAAUGCCUGCCUCUGAAAAAAUCUAAAAUAAAUGCCUUAUUACAACAGAAAGACACCAUCUGGUGGAGUUCUCGGUGGCAUUUGGAGAGGUUUCUCAGUGAUGUCUUUUGCAAAAAAAAAAUCAGGAAGAGAGAU